AACGCAGGGUACGUCCUACGUCACCACGUUGACCCCUUGACGUUGCGGAAGUGAACACGUGUGGUAGAAGGAAAUCACAACGCAUGUUGAGAGGCCACGGGCUGUUUUCAGGAUCAGAAGUCAACCCUCCUUUUCACCGUCGCCAUGGCCGUGAGAGCAUCGUUUGAGAAAAACAACGAGAUCGGCUGCUUCGCCAAACUCACCAACACGUACUGCCUGGUGGCCGUCGGCGGCUCCGAGAACUUCUACAGUGUGUUCGAGGGCGAGUUGUCAGAAACCAUCCCGGUGGUUCAUGCAUCCAUAGCCGGCUGUCGCAUCAUCGGGAGGAUGUGCGUGGGGAACCGCCAUGGUCUCUUGGUGCCCAACAACACGACGGACCAGGAGCUGCAGCACAUCAGGAACUGUCUGCCCGACGCCGUGAAGAUCCAGCGAGUCGAGGAGAGGCUGUCGGCGCUCGGCAACGUGGUCGCCUGCAACGACUACGUGGCGCUGGUCCACCCCGACCUGGACAGGGAGACGGAGGAGAUCCUGGCAGACACUCUGAAGGUGGAGGUUUUCCGUCAGACGAUAGCGGAGCAGGUCCUGGUCGGCUCCUACUGCGCGUUCAGCAACCAGGGAGGCCUCGUCCACCCAAAGACGUCGAUAGAAGACCAGGACGAGCUGUCGUCUCUGCUCCAAGUUCCCCUCGUGGCCGGCACGGUGAACCGAGGCAGCGAGGUGAUCGCCGGCGGGAUGGUGGUCAAUGACUGGUGCGCGUUCUGCGGCCUGGACACCACCAGCACCGAGCUGUCGGUCAUCGAGAGCGUCUUCAGACUCAGCGACUCAGCGCAGCCCUCCGCCAUCGCCACCAGCAUGAGGGACUCGCUGAUCGACAGCAUGGCGUAAGCCGCCUGUGCCGCGGUCCCCCUGGUCUCUGGCGUGAAGCCGACGCGCUGCUGGACCUCAUGUCCCAACUGUAAACUCCUCGUUCCACCCAGUCCACUUCACUGUCCCUCCGACAUCUCAGCUCCCACCUGCAGCCUUGUUCCAGCCUUCACUCUGCACCCCGGCUUCAUCUUUCUCAAACGGUUCCACUUUGCUUUCAGCAAGGAAAAGAGACUGGUGGAGGGGGAGGGGGUCGUUUUUCUUCUGAAAGGAGAGAGCGUUGUGUUCAGAGGCUUACAGAUGUUAACGUGCAGAAACAGUGAAGUCGAGGAAUCUGAUAUUUCAGCCUUUUGUGGCACUUGUGUGAAUAUUUUUAACCAAACGGGGAGAAAUAAGAUUUGACGUUUUCUCCCAGUUUGGAUAGACCAAAAGUGGCCGAGGCUGUACUCUAGAAGGUGUUAAAAAUCCAAUUUAUUUUUGUGCCUGUAUCAUUAGAAAGUCACCAUAUAAAAGAGUGUCUAAACACACACACACAUUUAUAGACACACUGACAUACAACUCUUAGGUGUGUUGGGGAUGUAAUUCGAAACGAAAUGGGAACUCUGUAGACAGUGCAUCAGCGCUGUCGCUUCUCGCUUAAAGUCGGCCAAGAAUCCCGGUUUGGUUCCUCGCUCGGUUGCCUGCGCCUUUAAGGGAUUCAAACCCCCGACCGUUGCCAAUGUGUGUCUGAUGCUUAAAGAAUGUAACUAAGUACAGAGAUGAGGCAGUUGUUUCAAAGUAAGGCGCUCUUUGAAGGAUUUUAAGAGUCGUCUGAACGAGUGAUUAAUCAUUGGAUGUGAUAAUGUAUUUGUCCGCAGAGCUGCUGAAGUUCAACGUGCGCUAUGAUAAAACGUGCACGGGGAGAGCGUGACGGGAGUCGGUCUGGUUUGUCGUGUUUUUCAUCAGACCGCAUGAGUGCUAACCUUUUACUUCAGUCUUUCUGUAACAAACGGACGCCUGUCUGGGGAACUCAAAACAUGGUUAUUUCUUAAACAGUAUGUCUCGUCUGUCCUGUAAAAUCAAAUAAAGUCACCCAAUUUUUA